AUGUCUAAUACAAUAGAUACGGCCAAGCUGGCCUUGAUUUCUCAAGGUGCAGCUUAUGGCCUACUCAUUGGCCUUGGCGUGGUCUUCUGCGGCGUCAUUCUCUUAGCCGUCAAGGUUCAAAAAGCCUAUCUCUCGGAGGAUUCAGGAAAAUCCGAGAUGUUCAUGGUCGCCAAUCGAUCGGUUGGUACUGGUCUUACAGCUUCAGCGGUGUUUUCAUCGUGGAUGUGGAUCAAUGAGACUGUGUUGGCAGCGGCAAUGUGUUAUAAUUAUGGAUUAGCACUUCCCCUGUGGUGGGGCUCUGGUCUUUGCUUCCAGAUUGCACUAAUGGCAGCACUCGGCGUCAUGGCAAAGAUUCGAGUUCCAUACGCGCACACUUCGUUGGAGAUCGUGCGCAUGCGAUAUGGGAAAAUUGGACAUCUCGUGUUUAUCGUUCUCAACUUGGUAAACAAUGUUUUUGGAUGUGCUUCUAUGAUUAUGACCGGAUCCCAACUUAUCUACGGUGUCUCUGGCAUGAACUUUGUGGCAGCAACUAUUCUCAUCCCCCUUGGAGUGGUCCUAUAUACCGCUGUUGGUGGUCUCAAGGCGACAUUCCUCACCGAUUAUCUUCACACCGCGAUUGCCUUGAUUCUCAUCAUCUACUUUACUCUCGCUGUACUUACCAACUCUGCGGUGGGUGGAUUGGGUGGGCUCUACGAGAAAAUUGUUGCCACCGCCGGAGAAAAUUACAUCGUUGGUAACUACGAUGGGUCAUUGCUCACCUUCAAAUCCAAAGGUGCCAUCAUCUGGGGCCUGAUCUUGAAGUUUGGAAAUUUGGCUUUAGUUGUUAUGGACACGGCAUUCUGGCAAAAAUCCUUCGCAACCGAGGUCCGGUCCACAGUGCCCGGAUACAGCAUUGCUGCAAUCGCUGUGUUUGGUAUUCCGUGGGGUUUAGGAACAGUGAUUGGGUUGACGGCGCGAGCCAUCCAACAUACCCCCAUCUUUCCCACAUAUCCUGGUGAACUCACUUCAACCGAGGUGAGCAUGGGGAUGGUCAUGCCUUAUGUACUCAAGGCUCUGCUGGGUGACAAGGGAAUCAUUGGUUUCUUUUUCCUGCUCUUCAUGGCUCUCACCAGCACCGUUUCGUCGUCUAUGAUCGCAGUAAGCAGUAUACUCUCUUACGAUAUCUACAAGACCUACUUGAACCCCAAGGUGAGCGACAAGAAGCUCGUACGCGUCAGUCAUAUAGCGGUGGUCGCUCACGGUAUCUUCAUUACCGGGAUUUCCAUUGCGAUGAAUUACGGCGGGGCGAACAUGACUUGGAUUAACUACCUGCGACCAGUUAUAUCCUGUCCUGGUAUUAUUCCUCUCAUCCUGACACUGUUUUGGUCGCGCCAAACCCGCCUUGCUGCCAUUGUGUCUCCUAUUUUGGGAUUCUUCACCGGCCUUGCAGUUUGGUUAGCAACGGCCGGCUCGAUGUACGGGGCUGUCGACAUCGCUACAACGUCCAACGAGUACCCUGCUCUCUACGCAGCCAUUGCAUCCUUCUUCUCGCCGGCGCUUUAUUCCGUCGUGCUGUCUCUCUACAAGCCCUACCAGUUUGACUGGCGAGAAUUCCUUCGCAUCGAACUGACCGAUGAGGCCCGGCUUCACGCCGCAUCAGACACAAGCACACUUAACGAGGGCGUUGAGUCCAAUGGUGAAUAUUCUCCGGAUGAUCUGAAAGAUCUCAAGAGCUCAGUCAACUCGUUGCCCGGGACUGCCCAGUCUGAGCCCAAACGUAACCUUGACCCGGAGGAAGUCCAGGCGCUUGAAGAGAAAACAAACCCUGCGACAUCCCCACCGAUAUCUACAUUCCAGCUCAGUAUUGACGAUGUCCAGCAUCCGUUUGAUGAUGCGACGUUGAAGGAACUUUACAAAUGGCUCAAAAUUGCAUGCACUUUGUUCGUGGUGCUCUUCCUGGUCACCGUUAUCGUCUGGCCACUUCCACUAUACCGUGAUUAUAUUUUCACCAAGUCAUUCUUCUCUGGAUGGACAACAGUCGCUAUAAUCUGGCAGUUUUGCGCGUUUGGCGCGGUGGUCGUCUUCCCGCUAUACGACGGAAGGCACGCAAUUGCGACGGGAGCUAGGGGCAUUUGGAACGCCUCUAGAAAUUACUUUAACCGAGAUCGGUAG